AACUUCGCGACUAAGCUAGACAUCACGACGGUGAAGAUGGUGCAGUAACUGAAAAUCGCAUUUCAAAUCAACGACGAAGAGCAAUCAGCCGCACACGUAAAACCCCUCUUUCAAAAAGCGCAGUUUGCUCGAGCAUCAUCACAUUUCUCCAAUGGCGACCGAUCUGCACUCUCCACUGCCCAGAUCCGCCACUGAUUUGUUCGGCGAUCCAAUCGACGACGCCCACCCGCUAUGGCUGAACCCCUCCAAGUUCUCCGACCCGGAAUUCGAUCCGGAGUCGUACAUCUCCGAUCUCCGCACUUUCGUGCCCUUCGACACGCUCCGCUCGGAGCUCCGAUCUCACCUCGGCGCUCUCAAGCACGAGCUCGUCGAGCUCAUCAACCGCGACUAUGCCGAUUUCGUCAGCCUCAGCACCAAGCUCGUCGACGUGGACGGCGUCGUAGUGCGUAUGCGUGCUCCGCUCCUCGAGAUCAAGGAGAAGAUCUUGUCCUUCCGCGGAUCCGUCGACAGCUCCUUGGCGGCGCUGCAGAGCCGGCUCAAGCAGCGCGCUCAGGCCAACGAGGCGCGGGAGGUCUUGGAGUUGCUGCUCGACACAUUUCAUGUCGUUUCUAAGGUUGAAAAAUUGAUAAAGGAACUGCCAACUGUUCCAGCUGAUUGGCCAGGCAGUAACAUCAACUCUGCUGAGAAGGGUCAAAUAAGCAAUGGUAUUUCCUUACAACAUGCAGAAAACGGAACCAACCUCCGUGAAACACAAAGCAUGCUCCUGGAGAGAAUUGCUAGUGAAAUGAACCGCCUAAAGUUUUAUAUUACUCAUGCACAGAACAUGCCCUUCAUAGAGAACAUGGUGAAGAGGAUUCAGAAUGCUAGCUUGUUGCUAGAUACAAGCUUGGGGCACUGUUUCAUAGAUGGGCUGGAGCACAAGGAUGCAAGUGUUAUCUACAAUUGUUUACGUGCAUAUGCUGCUACUGAUAAUACCAAUAGUGCUGAAGAAAUUUUUCGCUCAACCAUUGUAGCACCAUUCAUAAAAAAAGUUAUCCCUCAUAGGUCAUCUGGAACUGUUGGUGGGUUCACUGGAGAUGAUCUUGAGCAAGACUAUGAAAGGAUCAAGCAACAUAUUGAAGAUGACUGUAAAUUUCUGUUGGAGAUAUCUUCUACAGAAAAUUCAGGUCUUCAUGUUUUUAGCUUUCUGGCAAAUUCUAUAAUCAAAGAGGUCUUAUCAGCCAUCCAAAAAGGGAAACCUGGGGCUUUCUCUCCCGGAAGGCCAACAGAGUUUUUGAAAAACUAUAAGUCAAGCCUAAGUUUCUUGGAAUAUCUUGAAGGUCACUGUCCCUCUAGGUCUGCUGUUGCCAAACUCCGUGAAGAGCCAGUCUAUAUAGAGUUCACGAAGCAAUGGAAUACUGGAGUUUAUUUCUCACUGAGGUUCCAGGAAAUAGCUGGUUCUUUGGAUUCUGCACUCACGACUACUACACUUGUGCCGUCCCCGAACCUGGAAAACUCUCAAAGCUUGGUAUUGAAGCAAAGUAUCUCUCUUAUGGAUUGCUUGAGAUCAUGUUGGAGAGAUGAUGUUCUCCUGCUUUCUUGUUCUGACAAGUUUCUGCGCUUAUUUUUGCAACUUCUUUCAAGAUACUCCAAUUGGUUGUCAGCUGGGCUUAGUGCUCGAAAAGAUGGUAAUGCAGCUGCCACUUCUGGAUCUGAAUGGGCAACAUCUGCUUCCCCAGAUGAUUUCCUCUACAUAAUUCAUGAUUUGAAUAAUCUUGUGGAGGAAGUUCGCAGUGAUUAUCUUGACCAUGUACUAGGGCUUCUCAAGUCUUGUUCCGCUGAAGUACUUGAUCUUGUGAAGCAGAGUAUUUUACAGGGUAGUGAUUCCCUAAAAGUUCUUCAAACUCCUGUAAUCAAUUCAAUUGUAGAAGCUCUUGUUGAGAGGUCUGUGGAGGAUUUGCGACAACUCAAAGGAAUAACUGCAACAUUUAGGAUGACGAACAAACCUCUUCCUGUUAGGCAUUCACCCUAUGUAUCUGGGGUAUUGCGCCCUUUAAAGCUUUUUCUGGAAGGGGAGCAGGCUGCUACAUAUUUGACCACAGAGCACAGGGAGGAACUCUUACAGGGCACUGCUUCUGAGAUCACUCGUCGAUAUUACGAAUUAGCUUCUGACCUUGUUAGUGUGGCCAGGAAAACCGAGUCAUCACUUCAGAAAAUACGUUUGGGCGCCCAAAGACGAGCUGGAGCAAGUUCAGAUGUCUCAGACAAUAACAUAUCUGAUACAGACAAGAUAUGCAUGCAGUUAUUUCUUGAUAUUCAGGAGUAUGGGCGUAACCUUGCUUUGCUCGGGGUUGAUGCUACUUCUAUACCGGCAUAUCGUUCCUUGUGGCAGUGUGUUGCCCCUUCGGAGAGGCAAAACACCAUAAGCUUCUAGUGCAGAAUUUCGACAAAACUGGACUUAUGCUAGAAGAAGAGGAAGUGUGAACCACAGCGGCCAAGAUAUACUGUUUUUGUUGUCCUUAUAUUGAGCCAUUUUUAUUGUGUAGGGUAAUUUACUUCAUCUUCUGAGGUCAUUCUGUGUGUUUUUAGCAUUCUUAUAUGUAUAAAACUGAAUGACCGAUGGAAUCAGUCUUUUCUUGAAUGGUAUUGCUGUCAAGUUUGUUUUCGAUACAACAAAUAUACAUCUAUUGGGAAAUGAUAUUCUACAUAUCUGAUGUGAUUA